AUGUCAGUGGAAGCAAGAAUAAAAAGGAAACAGAAAGGUAUUUACAAGCAAAGAACUCUGAGCAUUUACAUAAUACACUAUUCUGUUCACUAUAGAAAACAGAAAACCCACAGGCAUGAACUACAUCAUAUUUACGAACUUGGGUUUCUCAAAAGGUUUUAUCUAGUUCUGAGCAUAAAGAUGAUUUGGAGUGACUUCAUCCAAAGUAUAAUUUUCUUGUCACUUAUUGGACUUGGAGUUUUAGGAAACAUCAUCUUAUUUGUGAGGCAUAUGUAUACUUUCACCAUGGAUUCUGAGAACAAAAAUAUAGAUGCUAUUCUCAUCCACUUGGCUUUCGUAAACACAAUAAUUAUUUAUUGCAUAGGGGUCAGAAACAUAGUCACCAUUUUUUAUAUCAGAAUCUUCCUAGGUGAUGUUGGUUGUAAAACUAUAGUUUAUCUAGAAAGAGUUGCCCGUGGCCUCUCUAUCUGCACCACCUGUCUCCUCAGCGUGGUCCAGGCUGGCACCAUCAGUCCCAGGACGACCCUUUGGAGAAAGCUCAAGCCACAGGAAGCAUGGCAGGUUCUUGCCUUUCUCCUCCUCUUUUGGAUCUUUAAUUCCCUGAUAAGCUCCAACUUGCUGCACUAUAUCACAGCAGGCAGUAGCAUGAACAGGUCUGAAGUUGGGAUGUUUACAGUGUAUUGCUAUAUGUUGCCAUCCAGGCACACAGUUAAGUGGCUGUUCCUCUCUCUCAUGGCUCUUCGUGAUGUAGUUUUCCAGGGUUUGAUGGGUUGGAGCAGUGGGUCUAUGGCUCUCCAUCUGUACAAACAUUACAAGCGUGUCCUCUACCUUCAUAGCUCCAGGUCUGCAAAAAAUUCUAGGCCAGAAAUCCAAGCUACCCAGAGGGUUCUCACUCUUAUGACCGGUUUCCUUCUCUUUUAUUGGGUAGAUUUUAUUUUCUCCUUCUACACAGGUUCCACAGUGACACAUGACUCCACAAUACUAAAUAUUAAAGCAUUUUUAGUUCUUAGUUAUGCUGGUCUCAGUCCCUUUGUCCUAAUUAUUAAAGAUGUCCAUGUUCCUAAGCCCUGUUGUGUCCCCUGA